GGCAACUAUCAAUAAUGAGUAUUGAGAUACUGAUGUUAUGAAUAGCAGGAUUUCUGAAUUCAUAUAUAUAAGUUAAAUACACAACCGAUUAAUUGUGAGCUAAAUACACAGUUAUUCAACAUAGAUUAUAUGGACUAUUCACAUUAUAUUCAUCAAUAUUCAUCAUUCAUUGAAUCAUAUUCAGAAGAACCAUUGAAAUUGUAUACCAUAGUAGACGACUUACAUUAAACAGUAUUCUUAAAUAUCAUUGGAUGUAAUAGAAUUAAAUCUAGUCUCAAUAGAAAAUUAUGAUUAGGAUAAGUACAUCAAUUAUUCUAUUGAAUUUCAUUAUAUUCUUUAAUAUUUUCACAAAUAUUAUUAUUAUUCAUAUAAAAGCUGAACAAAAUGCUACAAUAUGGUGUCAACAAUAUCUUCAAUCAUCACAUAGAUCUAUAGAUAAAGCAUUUGAUAUUACACAUUUAAUUUUACAUUUAAAUAAAGAUUUAAAUGCAACAUUUUCAAAUGCUCCUGAACCAGGUUGGUAUGACAACAUCUCAAUGUAUUAUAAUAACAAGACUGAACAAAAUUUCAAAUUAAUGUGCAUGAAAUUAUAUGGAAUAGUUACUGACUCAAAAAUCAAUUCACAAGGUGGAAAUAUGAUACUGAACGCCUAUAGUUUUUGGAAUAUUCGACCAAAAGUUUGGAUUGCUUCAUUAAUUUCAAUUUUUGUCAUAAGUGCAGUUGGACUAUUAGGAGUUGGUGUAGUACCAUUAGUUCAAAAAGUAUUUUUCAAUCAAGUUAUUCAAUAUUUGGUUGCAUUAGCUGUUGGAACUUUAACCGGUGAUGCAAUGCUACAUUUACUUCCUCAUGCUAUAAGCAGUGGUCAAGGUCAUGAUCAUGGAGCUGAACUGACAUCAUCUAAGGAAGAAAAUGGUGAACGUAUAGCAAUUAUGAAAGGUUUUGUAGCUUUGGGUGGUGUAUAUUUCUUUUUCAUGGCAGAGAAAAUAUUAAGUUUAACUUCUGAAUAUCGAGCUGAAAAAAAGCUUGAAAAAGAAGAUCGUGAAAGAGCAUUACUUAAUUUACCUGUAGCUCCAGUAACUCGUCGUCUAAGUUCUGUAAGACCAUCUAUAGCUCCAAGUGGACUUUUAGCAGUACCUGGACAAACUAGAAGACUAUCACAACUUGAUCCUACAUCAUGUAGAAGAGCAUCACGUGCUAUGUCAAUUGCAAAUGAAGAUGUAUUUGUUACGGGAUUAAGUAGCAAAGCAAUGAAAUCAAUCGGCAUUCUUUACAGCUAUGCAGAGGAAUACGAUGAACUUACAAGAAGAUCUUCACAGGAUAUUAGUGUAGACCAACCAUUGGUAAAACAUGAAUUACAAUUGGAUCUUCCUGACGGGAAAUCAAAGCAAAUUAAUGAAGGGGACAGCUCAAAGAAAGAUAUACAACAACAACAACAUCAAGAAAAUCUUGCAAUAAAUUUACCAAAAAUUACAAUCGCAAAUGAAAAUGAGACCAAGACAAAAGAAUCAGAAAAACAGUUACGUAUCGACUUACCAGAUCAUCACCAGGAAGAAGUAAACACAUCUGAUUAUGGACAUGGUCAUAGUCAUGGUCAUUCUCACGAAGUUCCAGAAUCUGUAGCCGCAGUUGCAUGGAUGGUAAUCAUGGGUGAUGGUCUACAUAAUUUUACAGAUGGGAUGGCUAUCGGUCAGUUUGAUACGCUGGUACAUCUUGAUAAAGUCUGUAGUUUUCUCUACAACUGUGAGGUUCAUUCAUUUUUGUCUAUAAAAAAGUGAUGAGAUCAUAAUUUAUCGGCAACCGUUGAGCGACGCUAGAUUGACCUCGAGAGUGUCCACGUAAUAACCAGGACCAAAUCAGAGUUAUAAACCUGUGUGAGAAAUCAAAAUUAUGAUUUACAGUUGAUGAUUAAGGUUAGAAAUUAGAUUUAGGGUUUUCAUCACCAACUGACAUCAGUUAUAAUGCCAAAACUCUAUUUAUCCGAAUGAAUGAGCGAAUUUCGCGCCAAAAUUCAUAACCUGUUAUCUUAUACUUGAUUAGUUCUUCCAUAAAUUCUAGUCUCGCCAAAAAAGUAUAUAUCGAGUAACAUAUGUGGAUAACAUGUGACGUAGCAAAUAUACAGAUACACAAAGGAUAAUUCAAUUUGAUAAUCUUUAGCAGUUAGUUGGCUAUUAACACUGUAGGAUCUGAUACAUCAUGGCACACCAACAUACAUGAAAGCUACAUGUUAUUCAUAGAUAGGUAUUCAUACAAUCAGUAAUAUCAUAUGAGAUUGUAUACAAACCGCUUAAAAAUUGCAUAAGAACUAUUUUAAUAACUCAAUAGUAGUAUGAUUAGAAAUUCUAAACUACAAAAUAGGACUGGUCACUUUAAAAUAGUUAGUGAAGUAGUAUAGUGACAAAACAGAGUUUAUUAGAAUCUGGCUAUAAACUUAAUACUUGAAAGAAAGAUAGAUCAAUUUAAUGUUUAAUCUAUGGAAAGGUUACAUAAACAGGAAAUUAACACUGUUACGUAAGUAUUUUCACUGCUUAGAAGGAAAUAGUUCUUAAUGAAUAUUCUUUUUGAUAAGAUCAAGUAUGUUUUUCUAGAUGCUACUUAAUAAAAAUAAGUAAGUCUGUUCAAUAAAAAAUUGAUAUAGAAUUUAAACUUUCGAAAAACUUUUAAUUACCUAUACAUAAUCUACUUUUAACGCCAAAAGAAUGAUGCCUACAUUACCCUGUCAUCUAUAACUGAGUUAAAUAGUCAUACAUUGAAACAGAAUCUUAAAUCGGUGGUUAGUAAUGUUAUUUCUUUAUGCGUCCGAUUAGUUAUUACGCAAUUUAUUCGCCAAUCAAAAUACGACCCUUUAACUGUACUAAACCAGUGACAUUCGUUCGGUCUGAUCAACCUAGCGUCCUACUGGUCCGUUUCUCGCCUAGCCCGUCCAGCUGAGUCCAGAAUGCCAACAACAGCCUCCACUAUGCGAAUCAUUUAUUUCAGACAUACUGGGUUUAUACACUAAACAAACAGACCGCAACGUACCAUUAAAAUAGAAAAUAACAUUCAUGCAAAAUAUAGCCAAAGGUGGCUGUGAACGUGGAAGACAGUAAUUAAUAAACUGAGUAUAACAUAAGAACAGUAAAUCGUACAAUAAUAGUCUGUAAGUCAAAACGAAGCUUAUAAUAAGAGGAAUAUAGAUAUACACAGUUUAGUUAUUGAAUAUUUAUACUAUAAGAAUAUAGAGAUAAUAUUAGUCCAUUAAUAGGUCCCAAAAGUUACUAGUACCUUAAUCUUCACUAGGGAUAUAGCAAGUAGAACUGGUAUACAGCCAAUAUAAUCAAUAAUUAUGAGACCACCAUCUGUGAUGUUUCAAAAACCUCAAAUAGCAUGUAAACGAUAACAUUACAUAUUUGUUGAAUUUUUUGUUUCCAUGUGAAUGUGCAAUAAGGACAGAUAAUUACAUAGAAUAACGGUGAUACAAAAGAUACAUAAUUAAUUGUGAAAAAGAAAGUAAACUCAGAUAACGCAUGUAAGCAGGAACGCAUUCAUCUUCGUCCUUUACCUAAGAUAUAUUACAUGAGAUUUCUCUAAAAUUGGCCAUUUUCAUAGGUGUUUAGACAUGGAUAUGAGAGAAUACAUAGAUUAGUUGUGUAGUAUAAACUUUGUAUUUGCAUUAAGCACGAUAUAUAUAUAUAUAUAUAUCGCUUCUUGACCUGAGUUUUGAUAAGUUUCAGUUUCGUAUUACACUAUUCAGGAUGUAAAAACUUAACACUCGUGUUUCGAACUAAUCAAUUUCUUAUGAAAACAAGUUUAAUCUCUUAAUGGUAUUUACCAUAGUUUGUUAUCGGUCAGUUUUCCAGUGCCAACAAGUGAUUAACUGAUUACAUCCAUUUUGACAAUUCAUCAUUCGUCACCGAUUGAAAUGAAUGGCCUUUGUGUUAUGCCGUGAACUUAUAUAUUUAAGAAUAUAAGCCAUCGGAUCUCAACUCUGGUCUAAUGAUCAAGGAUUCAUCGCGGAACUGAAACAAGGGUGUUUCGGUUCCUGACAGAAUCACCGAUCAGCACUACUAGGACAAAAUAGCUAUCCAUUUCUAAUUAGUUCUUAGUGGUACCCCAAUGGUUUCAAACUCAUGACUAAUCACAUAUUUGAGUGUUAAAAUGUCUUUUGAUUGGCUAUCUUGUGUCAAAUAUAUCAAUCUAGAAAUUGGUUUGCCUAGCACCAGUAUAAUUUAUGUUUAUCUUAUAAAUCAGUUGAUUUCUUUGUAAACUGGUUUCGAUGCCAAUGACUGAUGUUAUCUGCUUUAUGUGCUUUUUUUGGAAAUCUAUUUAGUCAUUCUUAUGAAGUCUACAACCCUUAGAAUCCUUCAUGAUUUACGGGGUUUCUCUAGGUGAUGUCAGUUAGUAAUGAAAAUUACUAACGCGCAUUAUUACUUUAAAUAACCCGUUUGAUCUACUAUCCUAACUAACUGGCUAACCAAUCCAAAUAAACUCAAACUUAAAACAGCGUCGAAUACACAUUCGUCUGGGAUGGUGGAGAAGAUUUGUAGCUCAGAGAACAAAACUCCACCAAAAACACAUUCUUCUGAAUUUGAAACACUCAAAUCGAUUUGUUUAUGACAUUCACAAUAUUCAUAGUGAAUUUUCCAUGUACUUUGAAUUGGCCAGUAUAAAACAAUUAUCAAGGAUUCCUAAUUAUAUUAUCUUAAGAAACAAGCAUUAAACAACUGUUUCAAACGAUUUAUCACCUAGUUAUUUUAAGACAAAAUUAUUUAGGCAAUUAUCUGAGAGUUUCUUUGCUUCUUUUUUGCAGGUGCUGCAUUCGCUCAAAGCAUUUCAGGUGGUCUUAGCACAAGUGUUGCAGUAUUCUGCCAUGAACUACCGCAUGAGCUAGGUGAUUUUGCUGUACUUUUAAAAACUGGUAUGCGGAUUAAAGAAGCAAUGUUUUUCAAUAUUAUCUCAUCAAUUCUUUGUUUAUUUGGAAUGUUAGUUGGUAUAGGUGUUGGCAAUGUAGAAUCGGCAAGUUACUGGAUAUUUGCAAUUACUGCUGGAACAUUUAUCUAUAUUGCACUUGUCGAUAUGUUACCUGAACUGAAUUCAGUUGAAUUGAGACCAGGUCAAACACGUAUUGGUCAAUUAAUGAUUCAAACAACUGGUUUAAUAACUGGUGUUGGAAUUAUGCUGGUUAUAGCAUUAUUUGAAGAUUCUAUUCGUGUAAUAGUUGAUUAAAAUUAUUUAAGAAAAAUGAAAAAAAGUUGCAUUUAUAUUACAUAACUUGAUGAACUCUUAUUGAUAUAUUGUGACCAUAUGAACUAUUAUAAUUGAAUAUAUCUAUUAUCCAUUAGUGUAUUUGACUAUGUAUUAAUGAUGCAUCUCAAACAAAUCAUUAUACUACUUACUGAUUUUAUUUAUUUCAUUUAUAUAUGUCAUUCAUUAUUUACAAUUGAGUAUUACCAAUAUUAUCUUUCUAUUAUGAAUUGGAUAUUUGGUUGCUUUUCUUUUUAUUAUUAUUCACUUAUCUAUUUACUUACUCAUUAAAGCAUGUAAACAAAUAAACUAUCCAUAUAACUGGAAAACUGAAUUACAAACUAGUAUACAUUUCGAAUUCACUUAACAGUAUAACUACAUUUAUUUAUUUGAACUUAUAAAUAUUGGUACAAAUGGGCACCGAAUAUACAUGCGCCAAACAAUAUUUCAUUUUAUUUGUAUGUGGGCUGUGAUACUAUCCGGAUGCUCAAACCGAAUCAGGUGAUUUUCCUAGGGGGGGGUGGCAUAACUGGAGCCUUUGACUUAAAGUUUUAAUCCACAAGGCAGUGAAACAAAGUUAGGAGAUGCAGUCCCAUGGUACCCGAUGACAAACAAUUAGUUCAUAUGCCAUUUGUUCCUUCAGGAUAUCCUUGGUUUGAAAUCAGGGUUUUCCAACUCCCCUAGAUGGACUCUCUGUGUCCAUCAACACGGUUAAAGCGCCGGAUAUUCU